UGCCAAUCUUAAGUUGAAUUUAUUUUUGUAGUCGUUAAGUUUCAGAUGAAGUGGUUGCAUAAGGAAAGUCGUACUCGAGUACGCGAUUGCUGAAAACUGGGUUUAAGUAUGGUAGAUCGAUUUAAAAUAAAGAAAGUUACGGGGAUUUAGUUCAUUAUAUAGAUAUAAUAUAGUGUACAAUUAUCAAUGACUGUACACCAUAGAUAAUCAUUGAUAAUUAUCACGCUUUCAUGUGAUCUCAUUACAAUUGUAAAGCCAUGUUUCUAAUUACCGAUAAGGAUCUUGGUUUUCUUAUAAUUAUGCAUAAUUAAGCCACUGUAACGAGAGAAAGUAAAAACCUGGUGAAUUCCCUUUUUAACGCAGACUUAAAGAAAAAAACCUUACUUGUACAUAAUAUUUCAAACUGGUAAUUUUUAAGUGAAAAGAAAUGAGAUUUACAAGAACGUGUGCUCUUAAAAUAGUAAGAUUUAUUUUCUUACUUCUAAUCAUUAUUACGUCACCAUUGGCAACAAAUGCCUUUGGUUGUAAUGAUGGUAACGCAAAGCCAUGGACGCCAUCUUGGUCUAACAACAGAGACGAUCUUUAUUGUGAUAACAAAUGUUUUGACGAAAGCGCGGAAGAGAACUGUUGCUCGUGCAACUCGUGUACCUCGUGGAUGGGAGAAGAAAUUGAUUUAUAUAUAGAAGAGUUGUCAAUCACUGGAAAAAACAUUGUGCUAUCAAACAAUCAAUCCUCGGAAUCCAACGUUUACAAGAUAUACAGAAGUCAUUCAGAAAUGAAAGAGUUCCCAGUUAAUUUAUGCAAAGACGUUAACUAUACAAACUUAGGAGCUUUGUUUACUUCAUUUUCAAAUAUUUCUGUCUACAGAGAUAGAAUAGUGCUUAUCAACCUUGAAUACAACGACAUAGAAGUACUAGCGGACAUCAGUUGUUUGUAUAAGCUCGAUGAGUUAAAUUUACGGUACAACAGUAUUUCAUACUUGUCAAAUACGUCUUUUGUAAACCUUUCACAUUUGCGAACUCUAAGAUUAGACGGUAAUAAAUUGACAGUGCUGGAACCAAAUACUUUCUCCUCUACAAAUCAACACAUACUGUAUGCAGACAUAAGUAAAAAUCAGUUAAAAACUAUUGAUGUGUCUAACAUUAUGCCACCAUUUCCGUUUUGUGAAAUUAACGCCGCAUCAAAUGAAAUAAAUGAAUUUGUUAACCAUGCCGAGUUUAAAUUGGAUACUAGUAAAAUUUAUGGACCCGGAUUUUUAAACUUUCAAGAUAAUUCCCUUCAAAAAUUUCCUGAUUUGGAAUCGCUUCUGAAUAUAGACGACAUCAGCAUAUUAGGUAAAGUCUGGGAUUUCGGAUUUGACUUAAGGGGGAUACCAAUAGUAUGCGACUGUGCUUUACAGCCGUUUUUGUCGUUGGCAAAAGAUGUAAUUGAAGCUAUUUGGCAGGAUUAUUUUGAGGUAGUAUGUACAGCCCCAGAACUGCUUAUGGAUGUCUCUAUUCCAAAUUUGAAUCUGUCAGAUUUAGUUUGUCCACUCGGUGCAGAUUCAGGAUGUCAAUCACCACAAUGUACAUGCGUUGAUGAACCGAACAAAGAUACUCUAAUCAUAGACUGUUCAAAUGCAAUCCCAGCUCUUCGACAUUUCCCUACCAUUCCAAAUUCCACAUAUUCAUCACAGGUAUCUCUGAAUUUGUCUGGUAAUGCAAUAAAAUACAUACCUGAUGAGCCGUAUUUGUCAAAAUUGUCAAACUUAGAUUUAAGUAAUAACGAUAUCCGUGAAAUAAAUGACAAUAUAGCAAGGCAGCUUGAGGCGGCAGUUAUAGAUUUAAGAUUCAAUGAUCGUCUUCUUAGACUACCGCAAACUUUUCAAUACCGGAACGCUUGCUUAAUCAUCAUUGAUGACAUCACCAUAGAUUGUGACUGUGACUCUCAAUGGAUUGCCGAAUGGCUGAAAUCGAAAGCUUGUAAAAGCGGUCAGUUUUAUUGUUAUGUACCAGGAAAAGGAAUUAUCCCAGCCAGUUCAUUUAACGUAGAUGAUUUAGAUUGCUCGGAGCCGAAUAUUCUGGUUACAAUGAUCAGUAGCAUUAUAGGAGGAAUAAUUGCCCUCUGUAUAGCGUCUGCUGUUGUUAUAUAUAAAUUAAGAUACGAGGUUCUUAUUGUUUACCUCCAAAUUAGAAGGAAGAGAAAGGAUAAUUAUAUGACACACCCUGAAUUUUUGUAUGACGUGUAUAUUACGCUAGAUGAGAACAAUAAUGAUAGUUUAUCUUGGGUCAAUAAAUAUCUUGACAACUAUCUCACCGAGCUGGGAUAUAAAGUUUUUAUUCCCUAUAGAGAUAUUUGUUUUGGAGGUGUACGUGAGGAUCAAGCUAUACACGCAAUUGAACGCUCACGUGCUGUUUUGGUUAUACUGACAAACAAUUACUUCCAUACGGAUGACGAUGAACGCCCAACAACUGUCUGCGAAUGGAAAUACGCAUGGAAUAAUUUUAGAAAUAACAGAUGUAAAAAGAUCGUCCUUGUUAAUUUUGAUUAUGUUUCCGCCAGUAACAUUAAUCAUGCUCAAGUGAAAGCGUUUCUCCGUGUCGGACCUUGUGUUAAUUUCAGGAAUCAUGACCGUAAAAUUAUGAACAAAAUACGUGAAAAACUUGGUGAACCGCAAGUACAAAAGGUAAAUCUAAGAGCUCAAAAUACCUUUGUUGGCGAAUGGAGCCUGCAUGGGACCAGCAGUGCACUGUCAGUCGUAGACAUAGAGUUUCAACAAUUAAGCUGAGAAAAGAAACUGUAAAGAAGAAAUGUACACCAAUUUUCACGGACGGGAUACUGUAUUAUAUUUAUGUAAUAUUGAACAACUAUAUCACUAUAUUUUUAUAUCUGUUAAUUUUUUAUAUAAAACAAACUGAAUAAUCUACUAUAUUUGUAGCUGCUGCAGACAUUCAUCUUAUCACCUCGGUCGGCUCCUGACGCGUGUUUAUAAUCUUUUGUUCUAGGCCCAUCAUAGGAAAAAACAAUCGAGAACUCGGUUUUUAAAAUUUCACCUAAAAGACUGUGACAUAUACAUGCAUUCUUUUCAAUAGCAAUCCAACUUUAUAUUUCUCAAUAUAAUAUAAAACAAUUAUAAAUUAUUUACAGUGACAUUAUGCCCAUCCAAAAUUAAACAGCUAGUUAGUGAACAGGUGAAUGUCAAAAUAAAAAAAAUCAUUUUCCCAUAUUUUCUUUCCUUUCAAGUUUAUUUUCGAUAAAUAACUUAAUGACCCAACAACAUUUCUAUAACAAUCGUCGGAAAUAAUAAACAAUGUAUAACUAUUGCCUUCAAUUUAUAAAAACAAUGGGGCAGUAUAUUUUAUACUCAACAUUCUCCAAUAUUAAAUAUAGGUCAAUCACAGUCAACAGUCAAUCUUUUGAAAUAUUUAGUAAAUUCAUCUCAACUUGACAAUGGAAAAUUGAGCAUAACGAUACUACUGGACAAGUGCGCCGCUCUAGUAAGAUUCCGAAAUACUACAGUGGUGUGUAAUACAGAUUUUUUUUAUAAUUAUUUUUUAUUAAUUGUAAACAAAAAAAUUUAAACCCGCUGCUUAAAAUUGACCAGUUUUGUAUUAGCAAUUUGUAAUUUUGUAUAUAGCUGUGCCUUUUUGUUAAUUAAAAAUCACAUUUUUGUUGACAUUUUAAUUUUGCUUUUUUUGUCACAAUAAAAGAUAAUGGAUCCCAAAUCCUUAUAGAGCAUUACGUUAAUACUGAAUUAAGAAUUUAUAUUUAUAUAUUUCGGCGUUCAUGAAGUCCUUCGAAUUUGACAGAAAUCUAUGUAUAUGUCAUUAGACGUAAUUAAAUUGUUUAUAUAUCUAAAUAACAUAUUGA